ACUGCGUACAAUAAGGCUCGGGAGGAGAAGACACAUCUGCGAAAUAAAUUGGAAGUAUCAGAACUUGUGCAAAACUCUUGUCUACCUGACCAACCCACGGUAAAUACCUCGUGUGGUUUUGCUGGAUCCUCGUCGUCUUGAUGAUGAAAAAUCGGAAUUAAUGCCGUCUCCGUACCAAUCGUAUCAGCCACCAUGUUACCGACGAAAGUGAAAAUUAAAUAAACUAUGCAUUCGCACCGCUGGUCCCUAUGGCCGAGAAACUAGAACUGAGCACCACACAUUCUGAUAUCGCGGUUUUGGAGGAGAAAGGAUUUAUAUUGGAUAAAAUCAUUGGAGAAGGUUCUUAUGCAAAGGUAUUUAAAGCGACGCACAUGGUCGACGAAACUCGUCACACGGUAAUGGCGUGCAAAGUGAUAGACACGUCACAAGCGCCGCGCGACUACCUCAGCAAGUUCCUACCGCGCGAACUGGACAUACUGAUCCGCGUCAACCAUCCCCACAUUGUCCACGUGUCCAGUAUAUUCCAACGUCGCGCCAAAUACUUCAUCUUCCUCCGUUUCGCUGAAUACGGCGAUCUUUUGGACUUUUUGUCGCAAAACGGCGCGGUCCCGGAGAAUCAAAGCCGACUCUGGAUGCGGCAGAUUAUCUCUGGCAUCCAUUACAUACACACCAUGAACAUAGCGCACAGGGAUUUGAAAUGCGAGAACAUAUUGAUCACCGCCAACUAUAACGUGAAGAUAACAGACUUUGGUUUCGCGCGGAACGUUCGUCAGAGAGACCGCGACGUGUUGAGCGAGACCUACUGCGGCUCGCUGUCGUACGCCGCCCCUGAAGUGUUGAAGGGCGUGCCGUAUUUGCCCAAGAUGGCGGACAUGUGGUCUAUUGGCAUCAUCCUGUACACAAUGCUCAACAAGGCGUUGCCUUUCAAUGAGACGUCUGUGAAGAAAUUGUACGAGAAGCAGGUGAUGCGCAAAUGGCGCUUCCGCACCAACGUGGUGAGCGUGCUGUCGACGGAGUGCAAGCACCAGGUGACGCAGCUCAUGGAGCCCGAGGCGAAGGCGCGGCCCUCCGCCGGGGGCGUCUACAACGGGCCCUGGAUAGGCAUGGACCCCCGGCUCACCAAGCUAACGUUCCUGGAGGAGUCGUUGUUAAAGCAAGCUCAGGACGACGCACUACGGAAGGAAAGGGAACACAUCGAGGAAGAAACUGAAGUCGAGAGACUCGCGGAGCUGCGGCGGAAGGGAAGAGGGAAAGAGGGACUCAAAAUAUUAAAGAACGCCGAUUCAAAUUUUUGUAAAUCACAGCACCUGUUUGAAGAGAAGGAAUAAAAAAAACACACAUAUCGAUUCAUUCAUCCAGUGUUUAAUAACUUUUACACUUCGUAUUUAUUUAAGUUAUUGUAAAAAUUAUUUAAUACAAUAUUGUAUAAACGA